AUGUCGCAAUAUUGCUGUAGUACUAAAGAUAUCAAAAUAAUUGAUUUUGGUGAAGUUGAAAUGGGUAAAACGAUUGUCAAAUCAAUUGAGAUAUAUAAUGAAAGUUGUAAAGAACAAUUUUAUGAAGCGCAAAGAGAUCCUGUAACUAAUCCUAUGGAUCAUGUUUUUAAUUUAAAAUCGUAUACUUGGACUUUGUUGCAAGAACAAUGUUUCUCAUGUGAAGUACAAUAUCGACCUCUUGUACCAUCUUCUAAAAAUGUGGAUUAUUUUAUUAUUACUGGCAAUGUUUCUACAUAUAUCAAAAUUAUUGUUCGUGGAACUUGUAUUGGUCCGGCACUUUCAUCAUCAGCAAACAAAAUUGUAUUCAGAUGCUCAAGCAAAUAUGCACUAGUAAAAAAACAGAUAAAGCUUUCGAAUCAUUCGAAAGUAAAAGCUUCAUUUAUAUUCGACAUUGAUAUAAAACAUAAAUAUUUUAAAUUAGAUAUCAAAGAGGAUGUAAUUAAUCCUGGUGACUACAAAUACAUAACGAUCACUUUUACUCCGAUUAAAGAAGGAAUUUAUGUAUACCAUUUACCAUGUUUAAUAUUGUAUCAGAAUCCAAUUAUUAUUAAAUUAUAUGGAUUUUCUACAUCAGUUUAUCAGGAUAUCGACAUUAAAUCAAACUUGGAUAAAUUUAAUUCACAAGCCCUAAAUGGUUUUGAGGAAUAUAUGAGCGACAGUAUUAAUAUAAAGAAAGGAAAUCUAGGAUUGAAAAUAAAUAGAAGUCACCAAACUGUUUGUUUUACAAAUCAUAGCAAAAAGAAUUUAUUACUCAGGUGGGAUCAAGAUGAUACAGGAGUCUUUAAAAUAGAGCCAUGUACAGCAAAAAUAUGUCCAAACUAUUCUGCUUUGUUUGAAAUUAUUUUUCAACCUAACGAGGAAAACAAUUUAUAUACGAAGCAAUUUAUUGGGUAUUUAUUUGAUGAUGAUUUAAACAAUCAAAACAAACUUUUCACGGUUCCUUUCUUUACAUGUUUACGAGUAAUAGGACAUUCUUUUCCUGCUAGUUCUGCAGGAUGGAUUCCUCAGUAUGAAUUACCAUCAACUAUUAUACUACCACCAUGUAUUCCACCGCUAUCAGUUUACACGACAUUUGUAAUAAAAAAAUUUGGCCAUUUGCCUUUAAUGUUUCGGUUUUUGCCUCCAGCGGAUAGCCAUUUCAUAGUAAAACCAAUGUUAGGAAUUAUUUAUGAGAAUUAUCAGGUAGUGGUAGUUCAAAUAUGUCCUGAAAUGACGGGAGAGCAUAUAUACAUGGAACAAUGGGCCAUAUGUUUUAAUGGAAAGAACAAAGAUUAUAUUAGCUUUAAAGGAUAUGCUGAAUACGCAAAUAUUAGUUUUAAUAAUAGUACAAUAACAUUUGCUACAGUACAUUUAGAUACCCAGAAAAAAGAACCAAUACUUAUGAGAAAUAUUACUCGUCAUACUAUAAUGUAUCAGUUCUUGGAUGUACCAUCGCAAUUGAUCAUUCCAUAUUUGAAGGGCCAGAUUUAUGCUAACGAUAUCCUUUCUCAAGAAUGGAUAUUUCAUCCUACAGAAUGUGGCGAAUAUAAUUUUGAUAUUAAAUGUAUUCUGAUGAUCGUACAAAAUGGUGUACCUGUUGGAACAGAAGUUAGCAUAACAUUGUGCAUUACUGGGAAAUGCGAAGCUGGUUUACUUGUGGCAAUACCUAAUGAAUUAGAUUUUGAUAUACAAUCAUAUGGGAACGAAAAAAUAAAGAGUUUUUAUCUUUACAACUUCAGUCUCGUGAAUAUACCUUUCAAAAUAAUAUGUUACCAUCGUUCUUGGCCUAUUGGAUCUAUCACACGCGAUGUAAAAAUAUUUCCGCUCUCCGAAACUGUUCUUUCAGGGAAAUCAGAAAAAAUCACUGUGUCUAUUACUCCAUACACGCCUGGAUUUUACGAAGUGGUAAUCGAAUAUUUGGUGAGAAUUAAUUCUUGGACGGAUGAUAUCAGUUAUAUGCAAUUACCUCAAAAAAUAUGCAAAGUUUAUUGUAAAUGUGAAUUACCCACUUUAAAGAUUGAAGACAUACAUUUUUAUGGAGAUUGUCCGUCGAUAAGCAAAGUUAUGUUAUGGAAAAUAAUACAACCAAAAGAAAUAGUUGCGAUUGAAAUAGAAUUGCGAUAUAUAUUAUUGGGAAAAACUCAAGUAAAAUGGGAUUUAAAUAUUGGAUAUGAACGUCGUAUUAUUUUAUAUAUUCAAGUGGAUUCUUUAUCCGGAUCUGAAAAAAUACUUCAUUUAUUUCACAGCCCAGUUGUAAAAUUGGGGAAUGCUUAUUUUGGUGAUAAAAAAGCUCAACAUCAGAUAUGUUGGAUUUAUAAUUAUACAAACAAUUAUUUACCUUAUACGCUGGAUAUUACUAAUUUAAAUAAAAUAAAUCAAAUAUGUCGUUCAGAAAUACUCGCAUGUUUGAAUCCAGAUGGUAUUGCGCAGCCACGAUCUGUUACACCUCUUAUUUUAAAAUUUCAUCUUAAACAAUUUAAAGAGAUUGAAGUAUAUCUUCCUAUUACUCUUGGCGAUAAACAAACAGAGUUAAUAAUCUACUGUGAACCUUCUAUUGAAUAUCCGCUUAAAACGAUUAAAAAAAUUCUACCUAAUUUUGACGCUUUCAAAUCCGAAGAAUUUCCAGUAUACUUUUCAACUGACUAUAUUCAACUAUGCACAAGUAUGCAUAGCCAUGUUGUUAAAAUGAUUAUGAUGUACAAUACUACAAAAAGUGAUAGAUUCGCUUACACGUGGAAAAAUGAAAGUGUAUCAGAGUUAUGUGAUAUAAAAGUUUAUCCAAAAGAAGGUGUGAUACAACCGAGAAAGUUUCAAAGCGUUCGCGUAAUAAUUAUUACGAAAGGUGUUAACUGUCAAAUAGAUGUUAGUAUAACUUGCGAAUUUCUUAACAUCACUCAAAGACGAGAUCUUCAAAGAAAAAUUUAUAAAUACAAUGAUAUAUGCGAACAAUUGAAAUCAGAAUUUAUUUUGACUGAAAAAGGUGAACACUUUCCGAAAUUACCACCAAAACCAGAAGGGAAGCUUGAAAUAUGUUGUAAAACAUUGUGCAUACUCUGUAACAUUUACAAUCCAGAAGAUAUUCUUUUAAGGACUACAUUAAAAGAAGAAUUAAAAAUGACUCCAACGGAUGAACUUCAAAUAGAACAAAAUAGAAAAUUUGUCCACAGUCAUGAACACAAUAAAAUGAUACUGUUUAUUUUAGAAGGAAUGAUAUGGGAUAUUCUUAACAGUAGAAUAUUUAAACACACGAUUCAAGAACAUGUGCUAAGUGGAUCGCACUUGUAUUAUACUCAAUUUUUAACUAAUCCUUUAGAUCGUGAAAAAAUAAUAACUAAAUCGUAUAUAGCAACACCACGAAAGUUUAUUGCAUCUAUUUUAGAAAAGAUGCUGUUUCUUAUAAUACACGAAGAGUUUCAAUUGGAAACUGCACACUUAUUUAAAGAAAAAGAUAUCAGGCAUAUAAGUAGUGUAAAAAUAUUACCCACAUUAAAAGUGCGCGAAGAAAAUGAAGAGGGUAGCUUUUAUGAUAACUUAAAGCAUCAUUCCACAGAACUUAGAAUUUCUUUCAUAGAUUAAUUAAUCUCAGGUUUAAAACAGGUUUUAAUAUAAAUAAAAUUAAUCUCAGGUUAAAAACAGGUUUUAAUAUAAAUAAAAAUAUUA